AUGGUCGCUCAAGUUCAAAAGCCAGCCCCAGCUUUCAAGAAGACUGCCGUCAUCGAUGGUGUCUUCGAAGAGGUCACCUUGGACCAGUACAAGGGUAAGUACGUCGUGUUGGCGUUCGUCCCCAUGGCCUUCACCUUCGUGUGUCCAACUGAAAUCGUCGCCUUUUCCGACGCCGUCAAGAGAUUCAGGGACAUUGGUGCCGAGAUCCUGUUCGCCUCUACGGACUCCGAGUACACUCUGCUAGCCUGGACCAACGUCACCAGAGCCGAUGGUGGUUUGGGUUCCGUCGACAUCCCUCUGCUGGCCGACACCAACCACUCCCUAUCCAGGGACUACGGUGUCCUGCUUGAGGAGGAAGGUGUUGCUCUGAGAGGUCUGUUCGUCAUCGACGCCAACGGUAUCGUCAGACACAUCACCAUCAACGACUUGCCCGUCGGCAGAAACGUCGAGGAGGCUCUAAGAGUCGUUGAGGGUUUCCAGUGGACCGACAAGAACGGUACGGUCUUGCCAUGUAACUGGACCCCAGGUGCCGCCACCAUCAAGCCAACCGUCAGUGACUCCAAGGAGUACUUCAAGGAAGCCAACAAGAAAUAA